AUAUUUAAAAACAAUGGAAGAGAAUAUAGACCAUAACCAGAGUGGACUUCCCAUCAAAGAGGAGGAACAGAAGGAAAUUGCCCAACAAGAACAGUUCAAAAUUGAAAAUGAGACUCAAGAAUCAGGCCCAAUUGAUAUUGAAAAUCAGCCGGAACCGGUCAAUAUGGCUGACAUUAUCAACCAAGUGCCUAAGAUGAUACCAAGUCCAGAUAUGAUAGGAGCUAUCAAGAUAAAGGAUGCUCUCUUUAUUGGCGAUGAACUUGCCUCCCAGGACCUGGAGUUUGUUGUGACCAACAAAGUCAGCCACAUAGUAAACUGAGCAGGCAGAGAAAUUCCAAACCAUUGGGAGCCUGUUGGGAUUGAGUACCUUACCUUCUAUUGGGUUGAUCAAGAUAACCAAGUCUUGUUUGAUCCUGAGGAUAAUAUCACCAAUGAGAUCCUUAAUUUCAUCGAUGAGGCACUUGAGAAUGGAGAAAGUUGCCUUGUCCACUCUAUUAGAGGUCAAAGCAGAGCCUCUGUAGCUCUCAGUGCAUACUUCAUGCAAAAAUAUAAAUGGAGUUUAUACAAAACUCUUGAGUUUUUGAAUUCAAGAAGACCAGAUCUUGAAAUUCGUGCGGCCUUUGUUUCCCAACUUGCAGAUUUUGAGCAAAAACUCAUUGCUCAAGAAAGGGGACCUCAAACAGCCAACUGGAAUGAGGUCGCUAACAAAGAAAUCGCUUUAGGUCAAGACAAGUUCUAUUCAGAUGAAGAGCUAAUUCUUCGAAAUACUUUCCUAAAUGCUCAGCUUGGUUUCAGUAAAUCGUUCGAUAAAGUUCCUGAUAAAUCGGACAUUGAACCUGAACCAGCUUUAAAAGAAGAAUUCACUCAGUCAAAGAUUAGAUGGAUUGAUAAUAACGAGAACAAUAAAGAAAAGCUUAGGACAAACAACUCAGAAGAUGAUCUGUUAUGCCAAGAUAGCAUCAAAGAAGUUAUCUCUCAUAAAGCCAAUUCUCACCAAAAAUCUAUCAUAAAGCCUUGGAAAGGCUCUGGUUUGGAUAUUGGUAGCAAAUCUGUCUGUCAACCCUCUCAACAUGUAGAAAAGGUGAUUCAAAAAGAAGAUAUCUCAGAUAAUCAUUUCAAAAGUCUCAAAAACAAAGGUGAUCCCUUAGUCCUGAAUGAUAUUAAUGACGAAACUGAAGAUGAUAAGUCUGAUCUCCGAGUGUCUCAGACCCAGAUAGUACAUCAAGAUCCCAAAGACAACAAGUUAAUUGAACAAUUUUACGAGAACAGGCCUACAAAGAAGCACUAUGCGCCUAAAAAGGAUCAGAAAGCCAAUAACUCAGAGCCUGUCGAUCUCAAGAAGAGGAUAUUUGUUUCUAAGAAGUCCACCAGUCCAAAGAGAGGCAAGAAAAAGAAUGUAGAAAAACCUCAGAGCAAUGGCUCUGCUUUCCAAGAUGAUUCCCAAAACACUAGCCAAAAAGACGUAAUUGUCCGGCGAAUCAAGAAGAAAGGAGACAAUCCUAAAGCUGCUUAUAGCCAGAAUAUGGGAUUCGUGCAUAAAUAAGUCGAAUUCUGAAUCGAUGAAUGAGGAUAAAAAGCACUCCAAAAAGAACUCAAUUGUAUCAUAUCCAAAUGCAAGCAUGAAGAAGGAGGACAAGAUGACCAGGAAGGAAUUUAGAACUCACAAAUAUCAAAACGCACUCGAAAAGUUUAAUGAAUUUAAGAAGGAAAGAGAAAUGCUCAGGAAGAACACUCCUAUUACUAAGUUCAGAAAAAGCAGUGCUAAAAGGAAAAACAUUAAGAAUAAUCUCCAAAAGAUGCAGAAACCCAAGUCCUUGGCGAUGAUGAGAACCCAGCCGCUUAAUAACAACUAUAUUGAUUUUAAAAAUACUCAGGACCUUACUAAGCUGAUUCCUGAUAGACAUAGCGCUAUGUCUUUGCAGAUCGGAGGGGGGACUUAUAGUCAGUACAAGAACAAAACAAAUUCAAGGAUUACACAGAAGGCUAAAUCACGGGCUGGAUCAAGUCAGGGGUUUGCUGGUUCCAAAAAUUUUGAGAAUAAUAUCAACUAUGCUAAUUAUCAAAAAAUUUACUCAAAUGUUGGGCAACCUAUCAGAGCAAUUCAAAGGAAACACCAUAAAUCUAUGGGGAAAAAGAUUCCAUCCAUGGGAGAGCACUCUCAGGGGAGAAAAGAAGUUAAGAGACCACCCAGUAAUAAAAGAAAAUCUUAUUCAAACAAACCCAAGAGGCCUAUCUCUCCCAAGGCUGGGGCUUUCUACGGCAAAAUAAUGGGUGUUGAGAGGCCAAAAUUUGUUAACAACUCUAAGCACCACAAAAUAGCUUCUGCGACUCAUGGUUUUGAGUUUUAUAAUGCAGAAAAAGUAUAUAACGACACUAAGCAAAUUAAAGUUACUCAGAAUAAGAAAGUCAACUCCAAAAAGGGCUCCAGAAUUAGGUCAGCUUCUCCAGCAGUCCUGAAUCCAAAUGUAGCUAAUGAGAAGAAGUUUUAUAUCCCUGGGGUAGUGCCAACCCAUGGAAUUGGAGUGACAGGCAACAAGAUAAAGAUUUCGAAAGGUGAUGUUAUGCAUAAAAUCAUCCCUGGAUCGGUUAAUCACAAGAAGAAAAUGAGGAACAAGAGUCUCUCUAAAACAGCUCAAUAUAAGAAUCCUUUGAGAGGUUUACAGUAUUAA